GCAGGGACGCUGUUUAGUGACACACUUGACGGCAGUGGCUACACGUCAUUCAUUUGGCUGAAUUUUCAUUCUCUUUUACUGAUUAUUAGCCGUUAACCUACUAAAAUAAUGUCUCAUUCAGUGGUCGCCGUCAUAUCCCGCUUUUUGGAGGAGUACAGGAGCAGCACGUCGAACAAGCUGAAAGUCAUAGACGCGUAUCUGCUGUAUAUUUUACUGACAGGGGCGUUUCAGUUCCUCUACUGCUUACUGGUCGGCACAUUCCCUUUCAACAGCUUUCUGUCUGGAUUCAUUUCCUCUGUGGGAUCCUUUAUUCUUGCAGUGUGCCUGCGUAUCCAGAUCAACCCUCAGAACAAAGGAGAUUUCCUCUCUGUGUCACCUGAGAGAGCCUUUGCAGACUUCUUGUUCGCCCACACUGUCCUCCAUCUGGUGGUGGUUAACUUCAUUGGCUGAAUGAAGAUCUCCUGGUGACACCUUUUUGCAGAUAUGGAGACACAAUAUGGAUGCCUUGCUAACCAACAUCUGGCAGUGACCCUUGACAGGUGUCAUCAAAAUGCAGUUUACUAUUAUGUUUAAUAUAAUUUGUCAGUAUGGGGAUUGUUGUAUUCUUUCUGAGAACAUCUGUUUGUCUGUCUCAACAACAAGCUUUUCUACUUUUCUAAAAUUCUUCAGUUACUGCAACAGGAAUAAAGUGAUUAAGAGUAAUCAUGA